AUGACCGCUUCUCAGGCGGAUCUCGAUCCUCACUCUCCAACCACCAAUGGUCUCUUCACUAUUCUGCAACUCUUCAGAAUCCAGACUACUUUGGAGCCGAUUGGUACCAGAGUUUCCGUCCCGCAUCAAUUUGCCGCCCUCUCUCAGGGCAUGUACCGUCCCCAUUUAUGGGUGAAUCGAACAUCCUUCCCUCGUAAUGAGGUGACAGCGGCCUUAGCAAGGAUGUUGACGCUGGUAUCCGUCCCUCUUCAGGAGGUGAAAGCGGCCCUACCAGGACGCGCUGCUCGGAUGAACCAAUGGACUUUCUUCAACAAGAAAAUCGAAGCCUUCAAGGCUCAGUCAAACGAUGGAAGCACUCCUUCAACCCCCGUCAAGAAGGCGACUCCUGGUCGGAAGCGAGCCCCCAAGGCCAAGAAGGGCGGUUCCGAUGAACAAUCAGCCGCUCAGGUCAUGGAAAACCAAAUGUACCAGGCACAGCCAGUGCUCACUGGCAACUUCAUGCCUAUGGACGAUGUAUUUCGACCGUUGGCACGAGGUAUUGGUGAGACGCUUGAGCACCAUCCAUUUUCAGGGCUAGCCCUACCAGGGCACGCUCCCAACCCCACGCCUGAUGCCACUGAGCGAGCCCCUGAAGGACAGGUCUUUGUCGCCUCUCAGCAAGUCCCCGAGGACCAGCUUGUCGUUGCUGCUCAGCAGCAUCCAUGGCUCCCGUCGCAGCUCCUGGUGGCUUUAACUAUAUGGACAUACCUCAGCAUCCUCAUCUACAGUUCAAUGAGCCUAUGCAGAUAUACCCAGGCCCAUCUCACCAUGAGUAUGCAGGCCCAGGGCCAUCCUGCCCGCUCCGGCGUGACAGCGUACUGGGGUUGCCUGUGUAGAUGGUCCGAUGAAGAGGAGGCCUAUGAGACAUAA